CCCUGCCCUCUACCCCCCAGCUCGGCGCCGCUGUCCGCCGCGACCGCGUCCCCGCCACGCCCGCCAAAACCCGCGCAAGCCGAGCCCGGCCAGUCUGGUCUCGAAGCGCGCGCCGCCGCCCGGUACCCUCGCGGGGUCUCUCGCGCGCGUCGUCGACGGGCCCCGGCCGCCCGCCGCCAUGGAGCCCGUGCAGUCCAUGUGGUACGUCGAGGAUGACGAGGAGGAGGACCUGCAGUUCAGCCCGGCGCUCAUGGCGCGCCGAGCCUCCGAGUCCUGGAUCACAACCGCGCCCGUGGAGAGCGUGCCGGUCACGUCGCCGCUGCAGCGCAAGAAGAGCCUGCCGGACGUCGCCGCCGCCAACGAGGCCAUGUCCCGGGAGGAGGUGUCCGUGCUGAGCUCGGCCCGCCGCGAGGAGAUGCGGAGGCUCCAGGAGGAGAACGAGCGCCUCAGGGCCAACCCGCUCCUGUACCUCGUCAGCCCGCACGUCAAGGACUGGUUCUCUCGUCAGCAGCUGGUCAUGCUGGUCCUCUUUGUCAACAUCUCCUUGGCCAUCAUGUUCUUCAAGCUGCUGACAUAGCCUGGGGCCUGGUUUUGGUUGUUACGCGUUCUCUCACUGACCCUUCUCAGGGUUAAAUUUUUCUGUUCACGUCGACGAAAACUAUUGCAGCCCGGAAGUGUGUUGGAAAACGUGCGCCCUUCCAAGGGUUUCCGCGGCCUAUUCAAUUUCGUAGACAUUUGUUAAUGUUCUCCUCUUGUAGGGGAGAGAAAUGCCUCGCCACGGCGGGCAUUCUGUUUAUUUAUUUUUCCUUUUGCCGAACGGAGGAUCGAGUAAUGAGUGACUUAAUGUAAAUAAUAUUCGUAAUAAAUACUGAGAGUUAAUAUAUUGCGGUGGCCAAUGGUCGACUUGUAGCCUACUGUAUACAGUGUAUCUGUCAUGACUAUUUUCUAAAUGAAGCAUAUCAUCGGUAACACCCGUUCUUUUGUUAGAUAGAAAUCUUGUUUCUAGCUGAGUAACACAGAUGUGCCUUCCUAGAUACACUUCUAUUUAUUUUAGUACCUACUUUGUAUGACACGUUGUGCGAUAAAACUUUGAAGUAAUUCCCAAUGACGAAUGAGGUGGGCAAAUUUGCAAAGCGAUGACCAGAUUUUAUAACGCACAGGUUGAGAUUCGACUAUAAAAAGAUCUUGGUAGUUGCAUUUUUCUCGAUGUCCAGCACCCCGACCGUUUGUUAAAUGUGGACUGACGUGAGUAGACAGCGUAGUUGAUGAAAUAACCCCGGAAGUCUGGGCAUCUGGAAAUCUGUAAUUUCUAGCUUGUUUGACUGUGUCUAGUCUUUAUGCUUCUGGUUUGACUGUGUGCUUGCAAAGUCCCCUGAACUAGCCCAGUCUGGCUAGGGUGCCGAUUUCCCAUUAAAUGGAAUUAUGUGUCAACUCCAGUGCACAUCCCUGAAAACUAUCUACCAUCUCGACUCACAGUCCUCUUGAUGCGAGUUUUCGCACUACUGCUGCUGGGUGCAGGCGCGGUGCAUUACCACGUACACAUUCCCAAUUUAUAAGACAUUAAAACUAUUCCAAUUUAGGAAUGUAGGUUGAACUGUAAUCCCAGCAGAAUAGCAAUAUGUAGUGACAAGAGGACUUGUACUUCGAGAGUGAGGAAGUGUCUUAGCUGUCCAGCUUUCAAAUUUCCGUGUACCAGGCUACAUCGAAUGUGACUUUGUCAUAAGCUCGUUUUUUAUGAAACUUCGUUUUUUAUAAAACUCUGUUUCUCUUAAUAUUCUAAGUAAGCCUUUGCUACCCGCAGAUCUUCUUUCAUUUUUUUAAAAAUGUUUAACACCAUGUUAAACUUGACGCCUCUCCUUGUGUCAAUCCCUGCAUCCAUCUGUUAUUGUUUGAAUGUUAUGUAAUUUGAUGAUUGUUGUUAUUUAAAUUGUAAUUAUUGUGAAGAAAAUGUACUGCAUUUUUUGUUUUGUUUUUAAUGUCUGGCAGGCCAAUCCAUUCCACUUUCGUAAGCCCUCCCUGUGGCGGGGGUGGGGAUGGGGUGGGGUCGAGUGGAGGGAGAGCUAGAAGGGUGGGGAGGAGUGUCUGGGCGAGAAUGCGAAUGUCGCGUUUUAAUAAGUGCUUCUUUUCCAUUGUGGGUGUUUGUGCAUGAUGAGGAACUUUGUUCUGCAAUUAGUUUCGCAUUCGGCCAAAUUGCAUCAUUACUUAGGUUUUUGAGUAUGCCUGAUCUGUAAAUCGUCCGGGUGGUGUUCCCAGGGUGGGUUGAGUGAGUAUAUAGUUUGUCUAAUCUAUAGACGAAUAAUGGAAGCUUCGGCUAUGGAAAGCUUAUCAACCCACCUUGCUUCUCAACUUUCAUCCAUUUUCAUAUUUGGAAAUGCUUUUUAUUGUAACAGCGGGUGCAGUACAAAGAGCUUGGCCUUUCGAGGCAAUCCGGUGUGUUGCUUUGGAUGCUCUGUCCAAGCCUAGAUUUCCAGUUUAUGUACUUCAGGAAAUCUGGGCUUCAUUUUGAAGGGACCUCUUAGGAGAAACCCCGCAUUGGUGUUGUCAUAUACAAUGCAAUAUUCAGCCAACCCGACGGAAAUGAUGUGUACUUAUUUUGUCCCAAACAAUUUUGUCACGUUUUUUUUGGCAGAGAGGUGUAUAUUAAUAUAUAAUUGUAAUCGUUUGGUGUUGUGAUAUUGCGUAAGAUCGGUGUAUAGGCUAGUUGUACAUCGUUGUGCUUCGUAAUUUCCGUCAUCUUGGCUGUGUGUUGCCGCAUUAUACAUUGCCCCACCCGUUUUUGUUUUUGCCAUCGUCAUUGAUUGUUGUUGUUUUUCCUUUGUUUUAUUUAUUUUAUUCAUUGUUCAGAAGGAACUGCCAAGCCAACCCACUUUGUUUUCUUACAUGUUCUAUGAUUUUGUGCGAUUUCCUGUUGUUUUUUUUAAAUAAUGAGUUCUAAAAGUGAACGACGGACAUCGUGCAGUGAGAUUUGCGCACUCCCUUCUUGUAUGUUUAUUAAUUCCUCUACCAGUUUUUUCUUUAAAAAAAUACUCUUACUCAUGUGACAAGUACUGGAAUAGGUAAUCAAAUUUAUCAAUUUACUAAGAUACGAUUUUGUAACAGAAGCUAUUUUACGAAGUGGAUUCAAUAAGACAUCAGAAUGACUAUUUCAAUAAAUUUUUACAAUUCCAAA